AUGGGGGCGGAGGAAGCUUGUGUUAUGAAGGCCGGCGUCGAUGGGGGUUGCAAGCGUUUUUGGUCGGGUACAUAGUAGACGUUUUCCUAUCUGUUCGUAUCUUUUCGUUGUAAAAAAUUUAUGUCAUCUCUA